AGUACACUAACUAUAAAAUGCCGCAAUCCAAAACCCUAAUGUUUUCAGUCGCACACGAACUCAUACAACCGCUCUUGACUGCAUCACACUGAUACCAACACCUAGAAGUAUUGAAUUGAUGCAAUAUGAAGUUUAACAUUGCAAACCCCACCACUGGCUGCCAGAAGAAGCUCGAGAUUGAUGACGAUCAGAAGCUCCGAGCUUUUUUCGACAAGAGGAUCUCACAGGAGGUCAGUGGAGAUGCCCUGGGGGAGGAAUUCAAGGGCUAUGUUUUCAAAAUCAUGGGUGGCUGUGAUAAACAAGGCUUCCCAAUGAAGCAGGGAGUGCUGACUCCUGGUCGUGUUAGGCUCUUGCUUCAGAGAGGAACCCCAUGCUUUAGAGGGUAUGGAAGGCGUAAUGGAGAGCGUAGGAGGAAAUCUGUCCGUGGAUGCAUCGUUAGUCAAGAUCUCUCUGUUUUGAACUUGGUUAUUGUUAAGAAGGGUGAGAAUGAUCUACCUGGAUUAACAGAUAGUGAAAAGCCAAGGAUGAGGGGUCCAAAGAGGGCAUCCAAGAUUCGUAAACUUUUCAACCUCUCUAAGGAGGAUGAUGUCCGCAAGUAUGUGAAUACCUACCGAAGAACCUUCACAACAAAAACUGGGAAGAAAGUUAGCAAAGCUCCAAAGAUACAGAGGCUUGUUACUCCGUUGACACUCCAGAGGAAACGUGCUAGAAUUUCUGUGAAGAAGAAGAGAAUAGCUAAGUCUAAGGCUGAUGCAGCUGAGUAUCAAAGACUUCUGGCCACCAGGUUGAAGGAGCAGCGGGAGCGUCGUAGUGAGAGCUUGGCAAAAAGAAGAUCCAAGCUUUCUGCUGCUUCAAAGCCAUCCGUUGCUGCAUGAACUGGUUUUCUACUUUUGGUGAUCCAUUAUGUCACCACUCAGUUUUUGGUAGUUUAUCAGUUUGAUCUUGAAAGUAUUUUGGCAAAUGUGGAUGUUUUAUGUUUCAGAAGUUAAAACGUUGGAUCAAAUAUUUUGUGCAUGCUAUCGAGUUACGGUCUAGUGUAUCACUUUUUUGUUUUAGAGUUAGGGUUCGCGAAUGCUGUUUAGGUCUACAAAACUGGUGUUUCUGUUGUCUAGUGACCAACGUUUGGUCUCUGUUUGAAUGAUGAUCGCCAUUUUAAAAUUUUAGAGCAGGUGAGCUUUGAUAGUAAGAUUGUGGUUAUGAAUACGAAAGAUAAAUAUUGUGGCUUAAAGAUGCAAGUUGACAA